UUUCCGCCAGCGAAAUCACUGCCACACGCUAAAAUAUAGUGAUAAUUAGCCUUACUAAACCAAAAACCUACACUUUUCUGGGGAGAAAUUAACCAGUGUAACGCUUCAAAAUGCAGGUACCUAUCGUGGCGUAGCUGAAUAGCGAAUAGUGUUGUGCUUUUGCUUUUGUUUUGAUGUGCAUGUUAGGGGGGAAAAAAGUGGAGUUAACUGACUUUUAGAUGUGGUCGUAUCAGCCAUUCCUCCAGAAGCUAACUCGCAUUUAGCCACUUAUUUCGUGAACAGCUGUAAAGUUAUACGAAACAAACUGGUUAACUUUGCACAGAAGGAAGGAGUGAUUAGCAUUUUGGCUAAAUUUGCUGGUUUGUUAUGAAUGCCCGUUGUGGUCGCCUGGUGACACGCCGCCGGGGAGGGUCUUCUUUUAGUUUGUGUGCGGUUCUCAAGGCAACCAGCGCCUGUUGCUGCUGUGAGGGCUGCAGGUGCAAUCUCGGCACGGUGUAUCUCUUCUACAAGCUCUAUCCAAAGAAUUCUACCCAAAUGAAGACUGACCCGUGAGUUAUCCAGCAUUCUGGCUUGUGGCCGGCUGACAUGCCUUGCAAUCUGUGAACUUUUUUGCCAUGGCUUUGGAACUUGGCCUAAGUGUAGAGCCAAAGCAGCAAGAAAAAAUGAUAAAGGUUCCUGUGCCUGGAUAGUACAGUGACUAAGGUCAGACCUGAGUCAGCCAGAGUCAUGGACUGAGAGAGAAUGGGGACAAGAAAGAAAAACACCACAGCGGGGGUUCUGUUUUGGACACCUGCCCCAUUACGCAUCUCACCCACCAGCUCUGUAGCAUCUGAGGAUGAGUGGGAGGAUGAGGAUGAAGGGAAGAGGACAGAGAAAGAGGAGGACUUCGACAGUCAGAUGGAUGAAAAUGGCAUCAUUGGGCUGAAGGAGGCGCUGGAGGAUGUGGAACUGGGGGAAACUUAUGAUAAUGAAGAUGCAGAAUGUAGCCUUAACCCAGAGGAGGCUUCCUCUGGUGGACACAGUGGGUCUAGCUCAGCCCCAGAGCUCAGGAUGCCUCCAGAAGACCUGAGUCACAAUGACAGUGAACUCCAAGACUCUGAACCUCUUUCCCACACUGAGCAACUGGGCCAAGAUACGCACAUCCUGUCACCCUAUGCUGACGUGGCAGGUAGCUUAGAGGUAUGGACAGAGGAGGAUGAGGAGGUGAGGCAGAGGGAGGAAGAGGACGAGCAGAAAUGGCUGUUCCACAGACAGACCACAGGCCAUCUGCUACAGUUGGGCGAACAACUGCACCUGACCAAGGAGGAGGAAAAUGGAAAGGGAGAGGAGAAGAAAAGGGACAGCAAGAGAAAGCAAGCUGCACACACUAGUAUAGUGGGAUCAAGCACAGCUGGGUGUGUAAUUGAACAUGGCUUGACUGAGAGCUGUAUUACCAAAGGAGACAAUGAGAGGACCAGCUUGAAUGAAAGUUAUAACUCUGACCUACUAACUUUGGAAGCUGCCGGAUCCUCCAAAAGAAGUUGCGUAAAUGGAGCAGCAGACUCAGUUGUGUACGGCUCUGGCAACAUCUCACCUCUCUCUCCAUCCAACCUUAUCCACCCCACAUCCCAGUUUGCUUCAACUCCCAGUGCCCCCGCCUUUCCCCACCUCCUCCAUUUCUCCUCUGGGGAAACAGCGGAUGUUCCACUGAUUGAAGCUGAAACGUUUCCAGAGAUGGGUUGCACCGAAAGCCUUCCAGAAUCCCAUAGCACUCGUUUAAGCCACAGCCCCAAGCCUCAGUGGCUGCAUGAAUCAGAUGGGGAGGAACUGAAACAUAGGGCUUCUAGGACUUCUCCCCAGCCAGUAGCGAUCUCCCCUGAACAACGCAUGUCAAAUGGCCAACAUGGAGUUUGUAACGGGCCCAUAGCUGGAUCCAGGAAGUCAAAUACUAACCAUCGUAAGCACCACACUUCCUCAAGAAAGAUGAGGCAGUGCUCUCCUGAAGCCACAUAUUCACGGACGUGUACGCUGAAUAAAUCCUCGAAACACUCCUCUAAGUCUAACUGCUGGAAAGCUAGUCCAGAGAGAGAGGUCAGAACACCCCAAGAGAGGGCCUUCAAGACCCAAACCAGAACUACUGAUGCUGAUGCUGAUGAGGCCAGAAGUGGACCUCUGAGUUACCGCACACCAGACUUCUCCCGGGUAGAGCCACGAGUCCGUUUCCCCAAAAGCGGUUACAAGCCCCCCAAAAGCAGAGGUUCUUCCAAGACGUCGGUGUCAGCUGAGCCCCCCCUGGUGUUCAAGUCCCCUGCUGACAUUGUGAGAGAGGUCCUGCUGAGCAGCACUGAUGAUUUUCCACAGCCAUUUGAUUCUACUACACCAGCAAGUGCCCCAAACUCCACCGUGCCUGAGGAAUUCAGAUGCCCUCAGCAGGCAACCACACUGAUCGAGCAGCUGCAGGAGGACUACAACAGACUGCUGACUAAGUAUGCAGAGGCAGAGAACACCAUUGAUCGCCUGCGCCUGGAAGCCAAGGUGAACCUGUACUCUGACCCUCCGAAGCCCAGCCACUCUGUCCAGUCGGGAGUCAUUCAGAAGGGUUCAAAGUUGAUGACGCUGACUUUUCCCCAGGCACAAAGAGCAGAGAUCAGCUCAAGUUCUGCUCAUGUGAAUGGACCCAGCGCCCAUCAAAGAGACGCUUCUCGUCCUUCCUCGACAGCCUCCAUCACACCCAGAAGAAGCCUGGGCCCUCAGGUGGGACAGCACUUGACCAGGACUCUUUCCAAACAGGCUGAAAAGUUUUUCCAGCAGGUGCAGACAUUUGAGAGCCUCCUAAAGAGUGGGAAGCUCAAACCCUCUGAACAAAUGAAGGGUCUUUCGCAGCUGGUCCAGGGGCUUGACUCUUUAGAGAGAGCUUACCUCAUAGCAAGGGACGAGCACAGAGUCCUCGAGCACAGAGGGGCAGAAGACGGCCCCUUUGACCCCAACAGGGAGCUAGAGGGGCUCAUCUUCCAGUGUGGGAUGUGUGUGGAGGAGCUGAAGGAACAGGUAGAGCAGAUGGGACGGGACCAGCCCACCUCCGUGGCACCUUCCUCUCCUCCUCCUAACCCCACCCCUUUAUCUUUGCCUGCUGAUAGAGGAGAACCCACGCCACGUCCCCAGAGCCCCGUUUUGGCUGUGCCAGCUCAAUUAGGAGAGCCGGUGAGGGUAGAGGUGAGCUCAGCCAGCGGAGAGAGUGAUGAAGAGGAGGCAGGGCCAGGGGAUGAAGAUCUGCCAUCUCUUCUGCUUGAGUCCCUCAACCACAAACAUACACUGGUAGAAGAGGACUUCAGCAUGCUAAUGGAUCACUACCAGAGCUUCAAGGAGCUUCCUGAGCUGCUAGACCGUGGUCUGAGGGAACGAGUGCCCUCCUCUCCUGGUGCAGGAAAUGGCGUGCAGCACGAGGAAGGCAGGAAAGACGGGCACCGCCAAGAGACUGCACAUGUGGAAAAACAGAACAGUCUGCCUCAGAGAGAAGCUAAAACAGACCAUCAGGAUUCUCCUCAUGUUUCAACCGGCAAACAGAAGACCAGCAAGUCAGAUCCUCCGUCUCCUAGAGCCUCCAGACGGUCCCCAGCCCUUCCCACUCAUAUUCCCAGUGGCAGCAAGAGGUUUGAGGUGGGAAAGUCCCAUAGCAGCAGUCUGACCAGUCUUGGGGAGAGCGCAGCAUCGGAGAGGAGGGGCUCCAGACUGCAACCUGGCAGCAAGAGAGCGCUUUCUCAGGAUGGAAUCAUCUCACCAGAGACAGACAGUGGUUUUGUCGGCUCAGAGAGCAGCCGUGUGACUCCUGCUGCAGUUCCAGGCUCCCUCCACCAGAUGGCGUCAACAAACAGUGUAUCACUCUCUCAGGAAGGAAACCAAGGGAAACCUCAGACAGACCCAGUCUCAGGACCAGCCCUCCCCCCCUCCUCAUCAAAACACAGACGCACACGUUCUGACCACAACGGUGGCUCACAGCUCAUCACCUCCUGCCAGACGCAGGGAGAACCACUGAGAGCCAGAAGGGGGCAGCGGAGAGGCCCCUCAGCCUCCAGCUCUCCACAGCACUGGGCCAGUCCCUCCCCCCAAGCCAGGGCUGACAGUGGGACGAGUGAGUUUGGGCUGGACAGUAACCACACCCACACUGUGUCAGAGGAGGAAGAAGCACAGAGUGACCAAUACACCAGCUCCACCGGCUCAGAGGGCAGCUUCGACCCAAGCCCCUCCCCCUCUGCCCGGUAUCACCAUAGCGAUCUUCUCGGAGCUCUGAGUUCCAGUCAGGUGGCCAGUCGCAAUGAAGCUAUCCAGAACCUGCAAGCGGAGGUGACCAGACUAAAGGAGAGACUAGAAAGCAGUCUGAGGAAGGCAACGCCUCUCAGUCCUGUCAGAGCAGCCCCCUCAACACAAGCAGAGCACACAUACCACAACACCUCAACUCCUCACAUCAGGUCUGGGCAGAGACGGAGGGGCAGCACUAGAGGUGGAAGUGGUGAGAGGAGGAUAGUUGAUGAGCUGGAUGGGGAAUGUGCUCCAAGACCAGCAGCCAGGAGGAGAUCAGCCUCAGCACCCAGACAGAGACCAGGGCUGGACGUCACCACAGAUUCAGAGCAUGAUCAGUCCACACGCCAACCUCGGCUCUCCAGACGUAUCCCUGCAUCCCCUGGAGCUCCAGAAAACUUCUGCAGUCGUCCAGAUGCUGUCCAUAGCAGAACAGCACGCACCAGGCAGCGACCCAGCCCGUCUGUAGGUCUGUCUGAAGCAGCAGGUGCACCUGACAGGAGAGGAAGUCAAGUCCCUGUUUGCCAGCAGUGUUCCUCACGUCACCGUGCACACUCUGCACGGCCAGUGGGUGGCGACAAUGAGCCAACGCACACGUCCUCUCACUGUCACCACUGUCCGCUUUGUGGGCGUCCAGAGCUGCACAGGAGUACACAAACUGAGCCAGCGCGUAGGACAGAGAGAGAAGCAGCCGGCACGCACAGAAGCUGCCAAACAACCGAGUCGCUCGACAGAGGCGGGAGGGGCGGUUACUUGGCAGCGCCGGCCCCUGCUGUGCUGGGCAACGUGCCGCUGGUGCAGUGUGUGCCAGUGUGCCCGCCAUCACUUCUGCUCUACCCCGGUCCUGUGAUGAAGCUCGACUCCUACCCACAACCCCUCUACGUGUCUGGUGUGGGCGCGUCCUCGGGGGUCAGAGGUCGUGAGGAGGCGAGGGAUCACCCGGGCCGCUCCCUGUCGGCUGACGAGCGGCGCUCCCUGAACAGCUCCCUGAGGCGGGCCAUCAAGGCAGCUAGAGACAUGAAGCACACGUCCAGACGCAUGGCCCGCUCUCUGGCGACCGGACUGCACCACCAGGAGUCGCUGUCUCAGUCCUGCACCCACUAGCCUCACACGUCACAGUCGCCUCUUGGAAAACCCCGCUGCUUUUUUGCCAAAUCAGCGGUGGAGUUUUCAGAUCGUCAACCUCUAACCAGCAAUCAGCAGAGAGCAAAGCCACGGCGCACAGACGAUACUGUACAAAACACCAAAUUCUGACUAUGUGAGAGACAGAGUGAUUAAAAGCUUUGUGGACUGUUAAGAGAUGUUCAAGUUCAUACUGUAGUUUGAUUGACAAAAUUCUGUCUCAGGUGUACUUUAAAAAAAAAAAAAUACACCGGUGUAUUCUGCAAAACAGCCUGAUUUUUUUUUUUUUAAACAUUAUAUAGUACUGUAGAUCUGUUUUGUUGAAAAUGUUGUCGAUCUUAUCCCUGAUUUUCAAACCAAUGAGAACAGGCGGAGGAAGGAAAUGAGUCGCUGCUAUUCUGUCUUCAAGAGGUGAGCCUGUAGUGAUGCACCUCAUCAUUAUUUUUAACUGUAAUUUAUUGAUUAAGUUGUUUAUGAUUGUUGUUGUUUUUUUAUCUUGUUGUUUGUUAAAGCAAAAAUAUGAAUUUACUGUUUCAGUGUUAUUUUAGUGGGUUUUUUUUUGGUACUCUGUAAAUGAAAUGCACUCCUCCAUAGCACCUGUUUAGAUUAGCAGUUUUGUUUCAACUGGAAGUGAGGUGCCUCUAAACCGUUGUAUAUUUCUCUUGUAAAUAUUCACAACCUUCACUCCCUGUGUCUAAGAUGUCAUGAAGGACUUAACUUGUACCCGAUUACCCUUAUGAAAUAUGUUAAAUUGUUUUAAUUUCGUAUGUGGUGUCGCUUUUCACAAAUGGCGGCCAUCAUUUUAGAACGAAAUUUUGUUCGGCGUUCUUUCACAAGCCUGAGGUACAAAGCUACAUGAACAGCUUCUAAUGCCUUUUCUGAUUUUACUUUUUAACAUGGGUGGUGUAAACUAAAGGGAGCAGAGAAAUAAGCUUUUUAUAUAGCAAGAGUAUUUUUUAACAAUUGUACAAGUAGAAAUGUCAAAAUGAGUUCUGUUGUGUUGCAUUGAUUUUUUUUUUCUUUUGUACUUUUGUACCAUUGCUGAUUAUUUAAUACUGUAUGUCUACAUAAAAUAUUUUGUUGGAAA